AUGCAACACACCGGCACUCCCUACAGCAUCACCAACGCCCUACGAGCCGCCUUUAAUGAGACACUAAUCGCCAGGAGAGCCGGAGUUGCCACGCCUACCAUCCAACAACGGCGAGCAUUCCACGAGUACUUCGUCACACAUCUACCUUCAUCAUCACUCUCUCCAGACCGACAGCAUGGCGGCCAACACCACAAACUACCGCGCGACGAAUCCCAACCGCAUUCCGGAUCUUCAAGCCGAAGCGCAGCCAACCUACAGCAGGGAGGCAGAGACACCACAAUCGUGCGGAUACCAAUAAAAAGCGCGAAGCAUCACUUCGGUGCCGGAAUAAGCAGAGGAAGUCGGCCGUAUAAUGAAGACACAUACCAAGCGGGCACGAUCGAGAUUCCCUCAUUUGCGAAGAGGCAGCCGUUAAGCAUUGGCAAACGGAAAGUGGGUGGCGACGUAGAGAGCGCGAAAAGCGAGAGCGGCGAUCCACAAGUCUUCUUCUUUGGGGUGUAUGAUGGCCAUGGCGGGGCGGAGUGCUCAGAAUUUCUAAAAGAGCGAUUGCAUGGUUACGUGGAAGAGGCUGCCUUGUUGUUCGGGAUGGAAUCGUCACUACAACCUGGAAGCACCGCUGACGCGGACGAGCUGGAUUCAGAAGGGGGCGUCAUGGGCGAGCAGGAUGCGGAAGAUUUGCAGAAGAGUCUGGUGAGCACAUGGCGAGAAACGGUGGGAGGCUACUUCAAGCGGUUCAAACCGGAGUACUUUCCAGCGGUAGCACCAAGGGCCAGAGACGGAUCGACAGAGACUCUUAACAACAGCUCCAUCGAGACGAUCAUGUCUUACGCUUUCCUAAAAGCCGAUCUCGACUUCACGACUGCCCAAGCCAGCAAGCAUACCGAGGAAGAGCGGUCUGCUGCCGACGACCCGGUGCUCUCGGACAAACCUCUUAACGAGAACGACCUUCUUUUCCACCCUGAACGGCCGGCUUCCCAGAACCUUCGCUCUCGCCAAUCUUCACGACCUUCUUCCACGCCCGACCUCAAUGCUCCUAUUGGUGGCAGUACCCGCUUCAAAGGCGGGUCAACAGCCUCAGUCGCUCUCAUCUCUACCUCCACACCCACACCUUUCUGGAACCCAGCCUCUCCUUCGACUAUCCUCGCGGCCCACGUUGGCGACACCCGCAUUCUCCUCUGCCGCACGUCAGACGGCAAAGCCAUACCUUUGACAAUGAACCACCACCCUUCCGCGCCGGUCGAGGCUACCCGUCUCCGCCGCUACGCCGCCUCUUUUGUAACGGACUCUUUCGGCGAAGAACGUGUACUCGGACUCGCCAACACCCGAGCCUUCGGUGACAUUGCCUCCAAACGCAUAGGCGUGAGUGCCGAACCACAAAUCACGAAGAUUCAGGUCCCACCCGCCGGCUUUGCAUUUAUGGUCUUGAUGUCUGACGGCGUGAGCGGGCAUCUGUCCGAUCAAGAAAUCGUCGAUGUGGUGAAGGAAGCCAAAACACCGGCACAGGCGUCGAACGAUCUGGUCGGGUUCGCGGUCGAGACGAGCGAGAGUGGUGAUAAUGCGACGGCUUUAGUUGUGAGGAUGGGUGGGUGGGAAAGGAGGAGUGAAGGAGGUGGGGGGAGUAUAGGGACAAAGGAGCAGAGGCAGUAUAGGAAAGAUGAAGCGAUGGACCCGCGGAGUCGGCGGCGGUGA